AUGUUUCGGUUAUUAGAGGUAUUAGCACUGGUACUGUCGCUACGAGGAUCAGGUGGGACAAGUGAUUGUGUUGGAAACGCCAUCUAUAAUUCACACAUCAAUAAAUGCAUUCAGUUCUUCAGUACAGCAGCUAAUUGGCUUGAUGCUGAAAGGACCUGCGAAAAACUGGAUGGCCGUUUGGUAUCUAUUGCCUCAACGUAUGAGGGUAAUUUUAUAAACGCUGAAGCCCAGAAAAAUCUGCCUAGCAAUGACUACUGGACAAGUGGCAGUAACAUACUUCAUGAAAACUUCUGGACUUGGAUCGAUCAGAGUAGAAUUAUACAUACCAACUGGGACAGUUUUUAUCCGACAUACAAUGAUACGAUGAUGUGCGUAUAUGCAAUGAAGGCUGGUGGCUCAUGGCGAACAGACUCAUGCUUAAAAUCACAGAAAGCUUUUGCAUGUCAAAUAAAACCGCUUACUAAAGUUGACUUGACUGAGUGGACAUAUUACGAAGAAACAAAAUCCUUUUAUAAACCACUAAGUUCUGGUUUUGGAUGGAACAGGUAUGAGGAAGACUGUAAAACAGAAGGAGGACACCUGGCAUCAAUUCAUAGCGAAUUAGAAGCUACCAUUGUUAUACAAGUCGGUCUUGGCAUUCCUGGCUGUCUUCAAUGGGCAAUUGGCUUCAAGCGUGUAACUCCGGAAUCCAACUUCACGUGGACAGAUAACAGUGACGAUGAUUACACAGACUGGCGUGGUAGUAAUCCACAGGACAAUUUUCAGUGCACCUUUGUGCGAUACUAUGACGAAGGCUGGAUGAGUUAUCAGUGCUAUUCAGCUAUAUUGAAUUCUUGUGCAGUGUGUAAAAAACCAGCGAAGUGA